CCCGGGUCGUAUAUAUCGCACGCACGAGCGCGUGGCGUACGUCACAUGACAUUUGACAAUAGCGAGGAGCUUGUUAAAAUGUCGCGUCUGCACCCGGAUGCUUUGUUGAUAAUCCGGAUUAAGGUGAAUGACAAAUUGUCCAAGGUGCCCCUAGGUGACAAGUUUGGCGCACAUUUCUACCAGGUACCUGAGUUGUUGGCAAAGGCCAAACAGCUAGGUCUGACUGUUAUUGGGUGCAGUUUUCACGCGGGCAGCGAUUGCCAAAGCGCUCAAGCCUAUCAUCAAGCUAUUUCUGAUGCCCACUUAGUGUUUGAUAUGGGUAGAGACCAUGGCUACGAUAUGACCUACCUUGAUAUAGGCGGUGGAUUUCCCGGGUCUCCCAUCUCUGGUGUUUGUAUCAAUGAGAUGACUGAUGCGGUAAAUGUGGCACUGGAUAAACAUUUUCCCGCCACAGAUUCACGCUAUAAUCAUGAUACUUUUACCAUCGUUGCAGAAUUAGGUAGAUAUUAUGUCGCAUCGGCGUUUACCCUGGUGACAAACAUAAUUGCCAAACGAUGGGCGCCGGUAGUCAAUGACAGCCAACACCAGCCGGAAAUUCAAUACUACCUAAACGAUGGAAACGCCGGCUCUUUACGCAACGUCCAAAGCGAACCGCAGCCUCUCAUGUCGUUCCCGGGCCGACCCGUAUACCCGUCCACAUUAUUUGGGCCAACCUGUUCCAGCUAUGACUGUAUUCGGCGAGGAGUGCCACUCACCGAGAUGUUUGUGGGCGAGUGGUUGUAUUUCAAGCAUACGGGCGCCUAUAGCCUGUGCUUUCGCACCGAGUUUAACGGAUUCCCUGCGCCCACGUUUGAGUAUAUGGUUAGUUCCCGAGCGCUAGAAAUUCUACACCGAAUGCCUAAUUGGCGUAGAAUUUCUACCAUAAUUAAUGAUAACAUGCAUUAUGUGUAUAACGGGUUGCUAUGGGUUGACGGCCAGCAAAUUGAUGAGAAACCAGAUGAACAACAUAUGGAGGAUAACAAUGAAUUCACACCAUAA